GAAAACGACUUCUUCUCUGGUUUGAUUGGAACGAAUUAAUUAGAUAAGGAUCUAGUCGUAGAAGAUAAUGGAAGGCCCACACGUCACUGUGGGACCCACCAAUUGUAUUCCACCUCCAUUCUUUCUGAAUCUGUCUUCUCCAUACUCGCCCUCACCUUCACGUGCCAACACGCGCCUUCGUUUUGACCUUUUGGUUGCUUUUCUCAUUCGUUAUCCAAACACAGAGACUUCUGCUUUCCCGAGAUUUUAUUACAGAACACAAAAGUCUUCUCAAUUCCUUGUCUGUAGGAAAGAAAGACUAUCAAGCAAAUCGCCAUUAAUUUACCGAAAUAGUAAGUGUUUCGAAAUUACAACAGUGGGAUUUUUUUUUGGUGAUGAUGAGAAGACAACGAGAUGAAGAGUCUAGGGCUUUCCACGACCUAUCGGCUCUUGUCCUGAGUCUCCUCCGUUCUCCGCCUAUGUCGAUCUCUCUCCCCGAUCAAUUCCCCGAUUCCGUUCAUCCAAUCCGGCCUCGUUAUUCGUCGGCGGCGACGCAGAUAUCUCCGUCGGGAUUCGCGUCGCUGCUUCUAGGGAUAUCCUUGGCUCUUAUGCUGUGUGGAUCCGUGACCUUCUUCAUUGGUUUCCUCUUGUUGCCUUGGGUGCUUGCUCUGAUCACCGUUUUCUACGUUGCUGGGAUCGUUUCAGCCAUUUCCUUGGCGGGGAGGUCGGUGCUCUUUUACGUCUUCACGCCACCUUCCUCCUCCAGGAAGGAGAUUUCUGAUUGGAAGCUUUUGUGAUGUGACGAUGGGGACUUGCAAAACGCCCUAUUAUAUCAUCUGGCCUUCUGGUGAAGCAGGACAACAAAAGAUGGAUUGAUUAUAAGACGCAACAGUCCAAUUAGAGUUUUUAUUUCUUCUUUUUAUAUAGUACUACUAUGUAUUCUCGGAGGGUUGGAUAAAAAGCAUGUGGAUAUUUGGGAGUUUUUAUAAUCUUUUAGAGUUAUAGAAACCUUUCUGAUAUUUUCGUGACAAAAAAAAAAGAAACCUUUCUGAUAUGUACUUUUAUUUCCAUGGAUGGUUUUAUUAUGUUACAUGAUUUUCUUAAAAAUAAUGGCAUAAAGAUUAUAGGA